AUGUGGGAUCUCAAGCAGCACAUGCGGUAUCAUGCAGCUCGGACUUCGGCGCGUCGUCUACAGCAAUACCGAACUGACGCUCAAUACAACCAAGCGGGCAAAUUGACGAGGAUGCAGAGCGCCAAGGACGGUCCGGACUGCCAAUGGUCAUCAGACGUGCCGGUUUAUGGGCAAUGUGGUGGCACUGGAUACACGGGGUCUACGACUUGUGCUCAAGGAUCGGUCUGCACAUCGUAUAAUUCCUAUUACUCUCAGUGUGUUCCAGGAACAUCAUCGGCAGCCGUGAGCUCAACCACUUCUAAGGUGUCAACGACGACAAGCUCCAUCAAAACAGUCACGACUUCUACGGCAGCACCCAGCAGUGCACCCUCAGGAACUCAGUAUAUGAUCACUUUCGGAGACUCGUACUCGCAGACCGGAUUCGACAUCAACGGUACUAAACCAUCAGCUAGCAACCCCAUCGGUAACCCAGCUUUACCCGGGUAUACAGCUUCCGGCGGUCUCAACUGGGUGGGAAUGUUGGCGUCACAAUUGAAAGUCUCAAACCUUCUGGCGUACAACUUUGCGUACGGUGGCGCGACUACCGACUCGAGCCUCGUUACGCCAUACGAUCCCAGUGUUAAAAGCUUCGUGGACCAAGUUGGCGAAUUCAGCAGUUCCCUCGCGUCUCACCCAUCGUAUGCUCCCUGGACCGCGGCGAAUACCCUUGUGGGAGUGUGGAUCGGCGUCAAUGACGUCGGCAACACGUACUGGCUCAGCAAUGUCGACGAUGUUAUCAAGGCCGUUAUUGCUCGGUACUUCGAGCAGCUGCAGAUAAUCUACAACGCUGGCGCGCGAAACUUCUUCCUGCUGAGCGUUCCACCGAUCCAAUACACGCCCAUGAUGUUGCAGCAAUCAUCGAGCGCAAGAGACUCUGAGGCAGCCGUGAUCACGAAAUACAACCAGAUGCUAACGUCCAGCCUUGCGAACUUCACGUCGACGAAUAGCGGAGUUAAGGCGAAAAUCAUCGAUACGACGACCCCUUUCAUGACCGCCAUCAACAACCCCACGGCAUAUGGGGCGCCAAACGCCACUUGUUACAACGCAGAUGGAAAGAGCUGCUUGUGGUUUAACGAUUAUCAUCCCGGCUACGCUAUCAACGAACUGGUGGCUCAGGCGGUCGCGAAUGCAUGGAAGGGCAGUUUCUUCUAG